AGACAUUUCUAGGUGCCGGGCCUCACUUACCCUUGUAUCCGAGUACACUCGGCUAACCCUAACCCAUCAAUCCCUACGUGCGUCCCCAUCGCCUCUCAUACCGCCAUUCCGCCUCGCCCCCCAGUAUGACACACCAUCGCAAUCCCCGCACCAACAUCACAUAUACGAACUCCUUCUAAAGUCAUCUCCGAAGCACAUAAUUGCCAACCCCAGAGCAAGCCAGAUGUCUCCUAAAAGGCAGGUGGAAAAUUCCAAAAAGGCCGCCGGAAACGCGAGGAAGGCGGCGGCAGCGGCUACGAAGGCCGAUGCCGAAAAUUCACGAAAGGCGGCCCUGGCGGCCCAAGAGUGGGAGAAGGGUGCCAAGGAUAAUACCAAAAAGUGAGUUUGUCGGGUGGCGCAUUUCUACUACCCCCUGCUAAUCCGCUACCGCUAGAGACACUGCCGAGGCAAAGAAGCGCGAUGCGGCCGCCAAAAAGGCCGCUGCGGCUGCAGCGCUAGCUGAGGAGGAAGCAGCGCUUCCAUCAAAACCCCAGGCUACAAAAACCGGCCCGGUUAAGCGGACCAGAGGGAUCAGUCCUGCCUUUGGAUCUCUGAACGCUAGCAACAUCGACGAUGCCCUCGAUGCUCUGACCCUAGCUACCGGCUCAGAAAAAGGCACCGUCGACAGGCAUCCUGAAAAACGGUAUAAAGCUGCGUACGCCGCGUAUGAGGAACGCAGAUUGCCCGAGGUUCGUGAGGAGUAUAAGGGGCUCAGGCUUGGGCAGAUGAAGGAGCUAGUCCGGAAGGAGUUUGAGAAGAGCGAGGAGAACCCUUUCAACCAGGUUGGGAACGUGCCCUACAACGCUACUAAAGGUGACAUCGCGCUUGCAAAGCAGACCGAGAUGGAAAUGAUCGAGACCAGGCUUGGUGGGAAGUAGCUGUGGUUUUUGCCGGUCCUUUCGUCAACUUUUUGAUCGGGGUGGGUGGCGUAAUGUUUCACAGCGGUCCAGAUCGGAUGCCUGUGCUUCUGUUCUACAAUCACUAUCCGUAUCUUAAACUUUCUGACCUUGGCGCGACUCAAACGUUGGUAUGCCGUAGUUCUGAGCCUCUGUCUUUUCAUGUUCGCGCCCGUCAAUCAAUAAGUGUAAUAUUUCUAGGUUGUUUUGUGAUAUUCUUUGUUUGGUUGAGCCACCAUUACGGUUGGACUAGUUCGUUAAAUUAUGUAUACAGGCUUGCGACAUGAGUAGCGAGGUUUAUUCCAGUCGGUAUCCUUUCUGCUCAGGAUUUUGAGUAACUCCUCCCAGUCUUUGCCUCCCCUAUCUCCCCUUCGACCACCGCAUGUCCGGCCUGUCUCGGCGGUGUCGACGGCCAAUGUUUUCCAAAGCCACCUGCUACUGCUGGAAGCAAAAUCAUGUUCGCUCGCACCCAUAGCGCAAGGAACCAUAACUGAUUAACCUCCCCCCACCUCCGCUACCCA